AUGAAUAAUCAAACAAAUAAAAUAGUAAAUCUAUCACAUUUAAUAUUAAAUAAAAUUAUUAGUUAUGUGUAUGAUAACAUUGAUCGCAUUUGUUUCAGUUUAGUUUGUAAGAGAUGGUACAACGAAAGAGAUAAAUAUUUAAUAUUCAACUCUGAUCGUAUCAAAUUAUUUGCACUUAAUAGCACUGAUACGAAAAAAAAUCAUAAACAUUUCAAAUUAACAUCAUAUAAUAAUAUCUUUAAGAAAUCAAUUCAAUCAAAGACUAUUAGUUCACUUUUUGUUGGCAAUAAAAACUAUAGUUAUUGCGAUUAUCAUUUUAAUGAUAUUAGAAAACUAAAUAGUAUUCCCAACAAUGUUUCAAAUAUCUAUAUUGAUAUUAGAUUUAAAUUAUUUGCAGAUGAACUGAAGCAUCUCUAUCAAUUAAUAUCAGAAUCACAAUCAGUAACAAUGUUGGACGGUUGUAGCACAUUGAAAUAUGGAUUACCAAAGUCAAUCAAAACCAUUAGAUUUAAGCAUUUCAAUGAACCACUUGUGAAAGGAUCACUUCCCAAUUCAAUAGAAGAGUUAGUUUUCAACAGUAAUUUCAAACAAGAGAUUCUACCAGGCGUACUUCCAGAAGGUUUGAGUAAACUUAAAAUAUACAGCUACCAAUAUGAAAUUCGACCAGGUGUACUUCCAGUUAGUUUACUUGAAUUUACUCUUGACAACUAUCAUUAUGAAAUUCACCCAGGUGUACUUCCAGCUAGUUUACUUAAAUUUACUUUUUGUGACUGUCAAGGUGAAAUUCGACCAGGUGCACUCCCAGAUGGUUUACUUGAAUGUCAUCUCAAUUCCUAUGAAUUCGAAAUUAAACCGGGUGUACUUCCAAAUGGAUUGCUAGAAUUUUCUCUUGAAAGCAAUAACUAUCGAUAUGAAAUGCAACCAGGAGUACUUCCAUUGUCUCUUGAAUGUUUAUCUCUUAAUAGUCAUCCAUCUGAGGAUGAAUUACCACCAACCCUAGGAGAUCAACAAUAUCCGGUGGCAACAUGUUUACCAAUUUCAUGGUUACAAGCGAUAUCAUCACUUCCAAACCUUCAAAAACUUUAUGUUUUUUUUUCCAAUGAUGUUAAUGAAGAUACUAUACUCAAUCUCGACUACCUCCCACCAACUCUAGAAUUUUUAGAAUAUUUAGUACCAAAAACGAUAUUGAAAGGAACAAUGCCCACAUCUUUGAAAAGCAUUGACCUUGAUGAGUGUCAAUUUAAGAUCGAUGAAAUAUUCCCAGAAACAUUACAAUAUCAUUUGGAGAUGUUUCAAUAUCGAAAUAAGAUUAUACAUUCAAUUCCAUCAAACAUAAAGAUCGAAACAUUAUCAAUGACUGGAAAUUCAAGUGAACCAAAGAUAACUCUUCCAUCUGGUGUUGAAAACAUCUAUCUUUUAUUAGAUUGGACAAAUUCAGGUGAGAAGAUAAUUGACUUUGGUGGAGAUGGUAAUACCGAUCAAGCAUGUUCACUAAGAAAAGUGGCAUUUUCUCAAUUCGACAAUGGAACACCACAAGUUAAACUACCAAACACCGUCGAAUUUCUAGAUCUUGGUUAUAAUGAUCUCGAUGAUAAUAUAUUACAGUGGGUACCUUCAUCAGUAAAAACUCUUAAAACUCCUAAAAUCAAUAUCACCAUUCCCAAAAUCAAAUCAAUAACCAAUAUCAUUAGAAAUUUUAUUCUUUUCCAAACUAUUCGAAAGUUGGAUGAAAAUUAUUAUUUAAUCUAUGGUGACUAUGAAAGCAUAGAUGAUUCAGUAAACAUAAUUGCCAAGAUAUUUCAUCACUCUAAACUUGAGAAAAUCUUGGGCACAAAAAUAGAAUAA